AUGGAGGAGAGCAGCGGUUCCGGGGCGGGCUAUGCGUCGAGCGGCGGGGACUCGCACACGCCCUCCCCAUCAGCAGCCUCGCACGACGGCACGCCCGGCACCACCGUUGCCAGCCUUGCCGGCCCAUCGUCUGGCUCCCCCGCCAUGCAGACUUCUGCUGCAGCGGCGGACGGGACGGUGGAUCCAAAGAAGCUCCGCGCGUGCGAGGCCUGCCGCGGGCUCAAGGUGCGGUGCGAGCCCAACCCCGUUGAGGGGCAGCCGUGCAAGCGCUGCAAAAAGGCCGGUCGGCGCUGCGUGGUGACGGCGCCGACGCGGAAGCGGCAGAAGAAGACGGACAGUCGCGUGUCGGAGCUGGAGAGGAAGAUUGAUGCUCUGACGGCCAGUUUGCAGGCCAGGGCAGGCGGUGUUGGGCAGCACCAGCAGCACCAGCAGCAGCAGGAGAGGCAUGGGAGGGGCCAAGAACAUCGGAAUUGGGAGAACGACGUGGCGCCGUGGGAGAGUGGGCGGCCGGCGGACCAGGAUAGUCAUUUCCAGCAGCUGGUUAGCAUGGCAGGGCGGAAGCGCAAAGCCGGGGAGGACGGCGACGCGGGAGAUGGCGGGAGCAGCAACCAGGGCGCUCCUACCCCACGCCGGCACGCGCGGCCGGCAGUAGCAACAGCGACGGCACCAGCAGAAGACGACGAUAGACGGCCAUCGGCGGCGGCGGCGGCGGUCGGCUGGCCGGCUUACACGUCGCGCGCCACCGACGGCGACGUGGUGGACCGCGGGCUUGUGCCGCUCGAACUCGCGGCGCGGCUCUUUUCCCGCUACAAGGCGCACAUGGUGCGGCACCUGCCCGGCAUCGUGUUCCCGCCGAGCACGACGGUUGCGACGCUGCGCGCGACGCGGCCGGUGCUGUUCCUGGCGGUGCUGGCGGCGGCGGCUGGCGAGGACCACGCGCUGCAGCGGGUGCUGCAAAAGGAGCUGAUGCGCAUCUUUGCCGACAAGAUCAUCGUGACGGGCGAGAAGAGCCUGGAGCUGGUACAGGCACUCAACGUGGCCGUGAUUUGGUACUGGCCGCCCGAGUACUUUGAGGAGCUCAAGUUUUACCAGCUCAUCCACACAGCGGCCGUCAUGGCGAUUGACAUUGGCCUCGGGCGCAAGACGAACGGCCGGGCGAGGCGCAACCAGACGACGACGACGCCGGUGGGCAUGGGCUGGCGCGGCGACCCGUCGCGGCACAAGACGCCGCCGCCGGACCCGACGAGCCUGGAGGCGCGGCGCACGUGGCUGACGUGCUACUACCUGGCGAGCAACACGGCCAUGUCGCUGCACCGGCCGAACCUGAUCCGCUGGACGGCGUUUAUGGCCGAGUCGAUGGCGCUGCUGGAGACGUCGCCGGACGCGGCGCCGACGGACAAGUACUUUUGCCACCUGGUGUGGACGCACCAACUCGGUGAGCAGAUUGGCGCCCAGCUGUCCAUGGACGACCCGGACGCCGUCGUGGACAUUACCGACGCGCGCACGCAGUACGCGCUGCGCGCCCUGGAGCGGGAGCUGGAGCGGUACCGCGCCGGCGUGCCGCCGGAGCGCAUGCAGGCCACGCUCAAAAUCGGCUUUGACCUGCUCAACCUGUACAUGCACGAGACGGUGCUGCACGGCGACCACUUCACUGAGGUCGGGACCGGCGCGGGCUUCCACGCCGAGGCGCUGCAGGACGGGCUGCUGGCGCGCCACGACGACGACGAUGCGCAGCAGCAGCAGCGGCGGCCGCUGUCGGCGCAGCACGUCAACGCGCUGACGUCGUGCCUCGCGGCCAUUGACGGCAUCCUGGCCACGUUUCUGGCCCUCGACGUGGACAGCAUCCGGUGCCUGCCCGUGUUCAACUUUGUGCGUGUGGCGUACGCCGUCGUCGUGCUGAUGAAGAUGUACUUUUCGGCCGACGCGGCGACGGCGGCGGGCGCGGACUUUGGGGCCGUGUUUACGCGCGAGAGCAUGGGCGUCCAGGUGCACCUCGACGCGCUGCUCGACAAGUUUCGCGAGACGGCGGCGGGAGAUCGCUGCAGGCCCGCGAGCAAGUUUUUGGUGGUGCUGGCGAUGCUGCGCAGCUGGUUCGUGAAGCAGGGCAGGACGACGACGACGGAGGCGGCGGCGGGGGGUGGUGGUGGUGGUGCGGCCGCUGCUGCGCAGACGCAGCAGCAGCCGCAGCAGUUUCAGCCGCAGACGGCCAAUACGCCCCUGCAGAUGCUCUCCGAAGUCGCCACCGGAAGCGCGGACCAACCCAACAACAACACGGGAGGCACCUCGUCGCCGUUUGGCUACUACCACCGCGCUGCUGGCUUCUUCCCCGAUGCGCUGCCCCCGACGACGACGACGCCUGCCGGCGGCGGCGCGCCGUUUGACGCCGGGGGCCACAUGUACCCGCCGUGGAUCGCCGAGGCCUUGCUAUGCAACGGUGGCGGUGGUUUUGACGGCGUGACGGGGACGGGGGCCGAGUUUCCGACGGUCAUGGGGAUGGGUGCUGGGAUGCAGGGCGGCGGGUUUGACGGGGCGAGCGCGGCGACGAAUGAUGAGUUUUGGACGGACAUGUUUCAGGGGAUCCCGGAUCCGAACAUGAAUAGGAAGGGGGGGGGAAUGGACAUGUACGAUAUGAUGUUAUGUGACGAGGGAGUUGAUGGUCGACUGAGAUAUUGA